UUUACACGAUCACACUGUGUGACAAACAUGGUGUGAUGAAAAAAAAAAUUGCUUUCGUUUAAACGGUCACACAUGUUGUCAUACUUCAUUUCUCUGUUAUUUGUGAACAAAGCAACAUGGCACGCGCAUUGGUUGCAGCACUUGUAUUUGACAUUUUAGAAGAAGACGAAAUAGAACAAAAAAAAAAGAAAAAAAGACAGAGAAAAACUUGGGUAAAGGAAUGGCGAUCAAGAAGACCAGUUUUUUCACAUAUAAGUUUAUUAAAGGAACUUGAACAGUCCAGCCCGGCGGACUACAAAAAUUUUCUCCGAAUGGAUCCUUCUGUAUAUAAGGAACUUUUGGAAAAAGUAACACCUUAUAUAGAAAAACAAAACACUCUUAUGCGAGACGCAAUUUCGCCUGAUGAACGUCUCUCUGUAACAUUGAGGUAUUUGGCAACUGGAGAGAGCUAUGAAAGUUUGAAAUUCCAGUCGUAUAUUUCAACUGCAAGUUUAAGCAACAUAAUUAUUGAGACAUUUGAAGCGUUGAUUAAAGUUCUUAAAGAUUUUAUUUCAUUACCGAAAAGUGAAGAAGAAUGGAAAACGAUAGCUUCUGAAUUUUAUGAACUGUGGAAUUUCCCGAAUUGCCUUGGCGCUGUCGAUGGAAAACAUGUAAACAUUACGAAACCACCGCACUCUGGAGCAUACUAUUUCAACUAUUAGAAGACUUACAGUAUUGUUUUGAUGGCCAUAGUCAAGGCAAAAUAUCAAUUUAUAAUGGUUGAAGCUGGAGCAAACGGAAGAGUGUCUGAUGGUGGUGUUUUGGGAAAUACGACAUUUUCGGCUAUGUAUAAUGACGGAAAAUUGAAAAUACCUCCCCCAACAAAGCCGCCUGGUUUUGAAAAAGAGCUGCCGUUUGUUUUUGUGACGCUUUUGCACAAAAUGAACAUUUUAUAAAACCCUAUAGCCAAAGUGGUCUAACUCGGCAUCAACAACAAUAUAACUAUCGUCUGUCACGGGCAAGAAGGGUGGUUGAAAACGCGUUUGGAAUUAUAUCUUCCAGAUUCAGAAUACUGCUGACUACAAUACAUUUAUCUCCCAAAAAUGCAUCAAAAAUGGUUUUAGCAAUUUGCUAUUUACAUAACUUUUUAAGCACAAAAAGUACUGAAUCUUAUCUUCGAAUGAUAAAUGAUAUAUGUAGGUGAAAGGUCGGAACCUGCUUUGAUGCAAAUAGAAAAAACCAAAAAUCGGAAUAGUACUACCAACGCCAAGGAAAUUCGAAACUCAUUUUGUGAAUACUUUAAUGGUGUCGGAUCAAUGGAAUUUCAAAUUUCUUUUUAUAAAUAAAAAUAUAUGCAUAAAUAAAUAAAAAUGUCCUGUUCUUUUUACUUACGUCUUCGAAAGUAGUGUCCUCAUGUUCUUCAUUUUCUAUUGAUGACAAACCAGUCAUCUGUGUUUCUUGUUCUUCCAAAAAUGAUAGAUCAUCAAAGUACCACAAAGAUGACACAUAUACGUCAUCAACUCCUGCUCCAGAUUUCUCACUUCGCUUUAAUUUUUUUAGUUCGCGUCGAUAACAUCAGCGAAUUGAGUUUAUUUUAUAUUUUAAACUUUCCACAGUUGCUUUUGGAUCUAUCUCCUUAUAUUUUUCUAGAAGUGUUUCAUAGGCAGCAUUCUUUUUUAUUUUAUUUUUGUAUUCUUCGCUUUUAAUUUUCCAGAUUUCUGGAUAGCUUCGAUAUACUUCGAAGAACUCCUUCCAAAUUUCUUUGUUUGCCCGCGAUGCCAUUACUCUCCAAUUUUUGCGUAUCGACUGAAAAAAUACACUACGUGCAUGAUGCAAGCGUUUACACUAUCACACAUGUGUGUCACACCAUCAUGUUUUCUAAAAUUUUAGAAAACAAUCACACAUGUGUGACACACACGAAUUUCUUAUGUUUACACGCUCACACUUCUCAUCA